GAAAUCCAAAGAUGAACAGGUGUAGAUCGAUACUUUUGAACAUUAAUGUAUGUCAUACUAAUGUAAAUCUUGGAAGCCAAUAAAUAACUAUUACCGUCGUGAGUUUUUAAAAAAAAAAUUCGUUCAUUUCUUUCGGAGAUUCGGCACAUCAGCAACUGCUCGAUUCACACUAAACCUACAGUUGACCGUGCUAAUCGUAACAAUAAUAAGGAUUAGGAUGAUAAGGAUGGUCAAUUUUGACACAUUGCUCCUUUAAAUGUGAGACCACCUGCUCCUCUGGCGUCAGCAUCAUCCGCAGGCGGCACGGUGGGGAUCGAUACGGCAGUGAAAUGUUCAAAGUGGGAUAUUUUUGGAAGACCUCAGCAGGCACCGGAGGAGAGAGACCGUCACCGAGCUGACUGGCUCGACGAGAGACGAGUACACAACCCGGUAAUAGUCAAGGAGGGACCCUUAGGCCCAGGUGCUAGAAACCUGUCCAGACUGGAGGGCUGCAUGGGGGACGUGAAUGCCAUAGUGACCUCAAAACAGCCUUAACUCUAAAUCUCUACACUCUGGUCCCUCAAUCGGCAGCAGGAAGUAAAAACUGCGGCCCUCUUGAAGAAGGUAGUCCCAUGGAAUCUCAACUGCUGGAGGACAGCUUUACUUCUGAACCACAGGCAUAGCCAGAAAUGUUCACCUUUUAUCCCUGAAUAAUCGCUGCUAUGGCUUUUUGUAAUGAAAGCUUCAUGGAGGAGUGUAACUGCAUGGACCCGAACAGCGUAGAGGAAACGUCAGAAAGCCUCCCAUCAGAAGCUACGACUCCUCUCAUAUCAGUCACUCUGCGUGUGACCCUGGCAGCCAUAAUGAUCUUUAUGAUUACUAUCGGUUUCCUCGGCAAUGCGAUCGUGUGUCUGAUUGUUUACCAGAAACCUGCCAUGCGUUCUGCUAUCAAUCUCCUGCUUGCCACUCUGGCCUUUUCAGACAUCAUGCUCUCUCUGCUCUGCAUGCCCUUCACUGCAGUCACCGUGGCCACUGCAGACUGGAGCUUUGGGAGCGGUUUCUGCCGCGCCUCCAUCAUGCUGUACUGGCUGUUCGUCCUGGAGGGGGUGUCCAUCCUCCUCAUUAUCAGCGUGGACCGUUUCCUGAUCAUUGUGCAGCGGCAGGACAAACUGACCCCGCACAGAGCUAAACUGUUGAUCGCAGGUUCUUGGGUGCUGAGCCUGUGUGUGUCAUUGCCGUCAGUGGUUGGGUGGAGGGCGGGCGCGGCAGGUAUCGGGGGCGCCUGGGCACCGCAGUGCGUGCUGGGAUACAGCGAGUCCCUGGCAGACCGUGGAUACACAGUCCUGUUGGCUGUAGCGGUUUUCUUUGUGCCAUUUACUGUCAUGCUGUACUCUUACAUGUGCAUCCUCAACACGGUGCGCCGCAACACCCUGCGCAUCCACAACCACACCACCGAGCAUUCCUGUCUGCCAGCCCUAAACCAAGUCAGCAAAAUGAGACUUACCGGACUGCAGCGGCCGCCUCAGGUCAAGGUGGACAUGAGCUUCAAAACCCGAGCCUUCACCACCAUCCUCAUCCUCUUUGUUGGUUUCUCAGUGUGCUGGCUCCCUCACACCAUCGUCAGCCUGCUGGCCGUGUUCAGCCGGCAGUUCUACUACAGCUCAGUCUUCUACCCCAUCAGCAUAGGCGCUCUGUGGCUCAGCUACCUGAAGACGGUCUUCAACCCCGUCAUCUACUGCUGGAGGAUCAGGAAGUUCAGGGAGGCCUGUCAGGAGUUCAUUCCGAAAAGCUGCAGACUGUGUCCCAGAGUGCCGGGCAGGAGCCACAGAAGAGUGAGGCCCAGCAAUAUCUAUGUUUGCAGUGAGACGCAGUCAGCUGUGUGACACAGGGAGGAAACCCAAUGCAGUCUAAUGUUUUUAACUUUUUGAUAAGCUAUGGGAUGUUACUGAAGUUCCCUUUAAAGUAAUAAAGUUCUUGUGAACAAAUAAAUGUUACCACAAGAACAAAUUGGUUUUAACUUUAUUGAAACUGGAGCAUUUACAGUCCCAUGACUCCCUCCUUUUGGGGAAGGUCAUGUGAAAAUCACAAUUGCUGACAACUGAACUGAUCUGGUGGGGACAAUCAUUUGUCUGCUGUUUUAAUAAAUAAAGUCAAAGUGUUCAUUCAGCUUCAUGGCCACGCAAGCUUCUGAAACAUACUGACAUUUAAAAAAACAUUUUUAUAUCUUCCAUUUCUGCUUUAUUUUUCUGUUUCCUGUGCUGUCCCUGAGCUGUCAUUUUGUUGUUUCAUUAGUCUGAAGCUGUACCGUUGAUAAUAAUUAUGUUGUCAGUUAUGUGCUAAGAUUCAGAAAAACAAAAACAAAUUACAGUAUUGAUGUUUGGUGAUGUUCUCAGAUGAAAGUCAGACCACUGUUAAAAAGUGUUUGAUGAAAUUUGUGUAGAAACACAGCCCUCUGUCAGCUGGUUCAUGACUCUUAAUGUUUCUGUUAUAGAGGAAUGAGUGUUAACUGCAUUAUCAUGUCACAUAAGAUAUGUAAAUAAAUAUAGUUUUGGAUUAAAGUUUCUUUGACUCUCUUCCUCUCUAACGAUAAAACAUGUAGAACGAGUAAGCUCAUUGCAUUAAAAGAGCAAGCCCUGCACAAGGGCAUUAUUUGUAAAGGGCCACAACAGUGGUAUAGUUUUUUUUUUAUGUCAUCCCUGUGUACCACCCCGGUGGAUUACGCAAGUCAAGUGCAGACUUUCAGCUUGACUGCUGAUGGAGGUAGCAGGAUUAAUUGUGAAGUAAACAGAACUAUACACUCUGCUGCAAAACUUAACAUACAGAUCAAAUGCAUAAUGAACUAAAGCAUACUGCAAUUCAAAUGUUUCCCAUGGCAAAGAAAUAGGAUAUUCUUCAAGUCAGUCAACUGAUCUCAACCUACCAGAGCAUGCUUUAGGAUUAUGAAAUGCAAAAAAAAGUAUUUUCAUCCAAGAAUUAAAAAUAAGAUCCAAAUGAGCCAAAAACAAAAACAGAACCAAACAAACCCAAAAAAUAAUGAUGCUCAUCAAGGUUAUU